AUGUCGACUGACACGCCCAUGGCCGAUGCGCCGUCUACCACUCUACAGCCAGAACAGGACUUUGGGCGCCAACAGCAACAGUCAGAACAAGCAGACCCAUCGUCACUCCCACAGUCACAAGCACAACCCCACCAGCCACCACAACCCAUCUCCCCAACCCACAACCGCAAACUCUCCCUCACAAACGACACCCACCCACCACUCUCCCACCCAUCUCGCGUCCAACCAAUCCACCCCGCGUUCCCCCAACCUUCCCUCCUACCAGCGACCACAGAAGACGCGCCCAACCCAUACACCCUCCACCCACUCACCCUCCAACCCUUCACCACCGCAGACCUGCAAUCCCACAAUUUCGAUGCCCUCAUCGCCGAAUGCCGCGACCCGCAGACCGGACAGAUCGAUAAAGAGCUGGUCAAGAAGCUACAGGACGAGACGGUGGGCAAGAUCCAGGAGCGCGUGCGAGAGAGGCAGUCCAAGGAAGCGGCGAUUGAGCGGGAGGUGAACGAGAUGGAGAAGACGAGGGAGGUUGAGCGGAAAAUUUGGAUGAAGCGGAUGGGUGGUGGGAAAGCUGGUGUGGGGGUGAGCGGCGAGGAGGCGCAAGGUGGUGUUGGAGGCGGAGGAUCAGGAGUUGAUGCUAACGAGAGUGGGAAGGGCUGA